CUUAUGCUGGUAUAUAAAUUGAGAACUAGCAUAAGUAAGGCAACACAUCCUAGAGCUUGUUUCUGAGAAGGGCCAUUGCAGUGCAGGAAUGGCAGGAUCUUUCUUUAGUUUAUUCGUGAUUCUUCUUCUUGGUCUUUCUCAUCUUUUAUGCUUGACAGCAGUCCCAUUUACAAGAACUGAAAACCUUAUGCAAGAUGUCCAAGUUCACCUAAUUACUCUGGAAAAUACCCCUAAGGUUAUUACUGAGAAAAACAUGCAUUUGGAAGAGCCAAAGCCAAGAAUUAAUGAGAGGAUGGAUUUAGAACUCAAUGAUUAUGCACCAUCUGGGGCAAAUGGUCGUCACACUCCAAGAGCACCGUAAUGGUGUGUAAGCUGAUUAAAUGUUAGUAGUUCCUCUAGCUAGGUGCCUAUAUUAUAUGCAUGCAUCCUCUAUGUAAAACAAUAUUAAUUAAGUUAAUAUAUGAGUUUUAUUGUAGAGGCAUUUAUAUAUGAUGAAAGAAAGGACUAAAUAUUAGAGUAAAUCAAAUCCCCAUUGUUUAUGAUGUAUGGGAUCGUAGGAACUCAUGUACGUUAAUUAACAUCUUCUUAUGUAUCCAUGUAGUAGAAUUUCAAUUAUAGUUAUAUAAUUUAUUGACCCUAUUA